AUGUCGGGCCUGGAAAGCUCACAGGAAAACUCAGACAAGGACCCUCUGCCCUUCAGGUUCGAUGGUGGAGAUGACCCCGAGCCACCGGUGAUUGGGUGCAUCGAGUACUCUCCCGACGGCCAAUCGAUCGCAACUGGUGCCCGCGAUAGUACAGUGCGCCUAUGGGACGCCAAGACAGGCUUGCAAACCCGAAAGCUCCUGGCCGGUCACCCAGUCCUUUGGCUUUCGUUCUCUCACUCGGGGCGCAAGCUAGCUGCCAUAAGCUCAGAUUCGGACGCCAAACGCGCGCACGUGGUCAUUUGGGACGUGGAACAGGAUAAAACGGAGCUAUGCAAGCUCGAGACAAGCUACGAGAGUGAUGGUACCCUUGUUGAAGGCGAGUACAGAGUCGUAUUCUCGCCGGAUGACAAUCUCGUCGCCGUCAUGACUCCUCUCUGCGUCGUUGUGCAGGGAGCAACAUUGGGGACUCUAGUAGUGGACGUGGUCAAAAUCAGUGGCGACGAUCGUCUCGCAUCCCUUCUUGGAUUCUCGUCGGAUGGCCGACGGCUCUUCUACGCAUAUCUCAAGGACAAGGUAGAAGUGCGCAGCUUUGACAUGGAGCUUCGACAGCAGUUGUCCAUUAACUUGUCACUGCCAUAUCCUUCGCUGUCUUUUCUCUACAGACUUCCAUAUACCUGCUCUCCCGACGGCCGUACCAUUGCUGGGCCUACUCCGCAAGGUGGAUUUCAGGUCCACGACACAGAGACAGGCGAGGCAAUGCAAGCUGCACUUAGAGGGCAUCUUGAGAACACGUCAAGUAUCUGUUUCUCGCAGGAUGGAGAGUGGGUCGUUGAUGGUUCAGAAGCGGGUACCAUAUGCAUCUGGGACGUCUCAACAGGAAAGAAGGUGAUGGGGCCAUUAAAAGCGAGCCAUCGGUCGCGACAAGCUGUGACGGCGAUCACCUGCUCUCCGUCAAAGGAGCGCGUUGCGUGUAUUACUGCUAAUAGAGAGGUUCACGUUUGGGACCUUCACACCCAAAAGAUUACGCUGUCAUCUGUGCCGAUGGAGAAGGACGGCCCGUUAACCCCCCUACGUAUUUCCUCGUACAGCGCGUCGGUCAGUGACAUGCACGUUUUCCCAGAUGGCCGUCACCUCGUCAGUAGCGCUCUCAAUGAUGACCAGAUACGCAUAUGGGACCUUCAGACAGGCAAUCAGGUCAGGGAGCUCUCGUUUCCGGGUGGUUGCCAUGUAGCCCUGUCUGUGGAUGGUUCACUGCUAGCGGUUGGAUCGACUAAACCCUUCGGGUGCGUUAUCCUGUUAGACGCACAUUCAGGCCAGGAGUAUACUCCGCCAUUGAUGGGGGCCGGCAGCCAAACGGAAAAGCUUGCAUUCUCUCCGGACAGCUCUGCAGUUGCUGUUCUACUCGGCGAUAUGACUCUUUGGCUAGUGCACGAUGUCCUAGGGGACCGCAAAACCAGCAAGAUAGAAGACUCCGUCAUGGAUGUUGCCUUUUCGCCGGAUGGCACACACUUUGCCCACGUAUCUCUCACAGGAAUGAUAACACUUUGCAAUGUGGGCACGACCGAAGUCAUCACUCGACUACCCGGAGAACUUGCGCAUAACCUCGCUUUCUUGCCGGAUGGGAAAACACUUCUCCAGACAAACCAGAACAAGGUACUAUUCUGGGACGUCACUACGGGUCAGAAGGUCUUUCAACACAUGCUCUCGUUUCAACCGCGGGCGCGGAUUGCAGCCUCCCCUGACGGGAAGGCUUUUGUCUGUGGGCGCGGGACGAGCGCAGACGAAUACGGGCUUGAAAUGGUCGACGUGGUCAAAGGAAAACAACUUUGGAGCAUCACAAAUCUCAUUCGUAAUCAUACUGCGAUCGCUUUCUCGCCGACCGGAGAUAAGGUUGUCGUCGGAUUUAUAGGUGGAACAUUGCAGGUCUUUGAAGCUAGUACGGGUCGGAGACUUAUCCCAAGCGUCGAUGAUCGCUCGUCCAUCGAGCUAGAGAUGACCUCGGUUCAAAAGAGAUCGCAGAGAGUGAGGUCUGGUCUUGCGGAUUGGGACGAUGACUCGAUAAUGAACAUGCCUGCGACUUCAAGCAGAGCUGCGCGCCGCGACAUGCAGGGGUUAAAUCGGGGUAUAAAUGACCAGCAGAUGCACAGAGGGACGCAGAAGAUCACAGAUGGCGGCCGAGGCUCUGGGCUCAUAGCGCGUCUUUCCUCUCGUAUAUCAAACUCCCUCAGUCCAGGCCAGGCGGCUGAGCCUCGUAACCAGCGCCGCCUUCCACACAUUUUUCAGCUUGUGGGUCUUGGGCGUGCCAAAAAUCGCGUGCUCACAGCAGGCGAGCAAGGCAACCGCUACCGAGAAGACCGUCGAGUGCAACAUGAAGAUGACUCGUUCAGCCCUUCACCACCUGAAUCAGACCGCGCACAUUCCCCUAUUACGCGUACGGGCGAAAGCGAGAGCAGUAUGUCAAGCAGUAACUGGUUCACGGAUUAUGUGUGUUAUUGUUAGAAUAAAAGCCUUGAACACUCAACUGUUUCGGACCUCCAUAACGUGAAGUUCAUAUCCAGAUUUGAGGCGGAUACAUCUGGUGGAUUUCAUGUUCAACGUCGAGUCAGACGCACUUCUCGUUUCCUUGCAUCGAUCUGAUACAGCCAGGCGAAGCUAUUGAACAUCAUGAAUGUGGUACUGCCAUCAUCAUCCAGAGAAUUUUAUCAAUAUCCGCUGCUGAGGAUUAGCUACUCCGGCAGUAAGCUGUCGCUCGCGGCUUGGCCACUUGUCGUGCCGUCGAAACUACACCAUUGUAACAACUCCACUGUAUAGUUGAUACCUAGGCAUAGUUAUCGCACAGUACACCCGUAGGGCUGUUGAUGCUCCCUCGCUUUUGUGGGUUGACGUCAAAAAAUCCCCAUGUUAACAUAUGUCAUCGAGUCUUAAACCCC